AUGGCCUGGUUCGGAGCCCUUUUGGAAUCUGAUGCUCUUUGCGUAAACAACUCCUUAAAAACGGCUUCCGGCUCAACAAAGGUCUCCCGCAAGCGGAUGGCCCCGGCUCUUGUAGCUCCUCCUCUACGCUCUGGAAAGGACGCAAAAAUGGACAUGACGGCUCCGGUUGGAAUUGUUGGCGAUCCCUAUGUGCCAGCCGCAAGUGUCGGUGGCUGGGACCCGCAAUUGGGUCGAAACGUCGCCUACGCUGUGCCGCCCGGAUAUCAGCCGGCUUUCCCGGCAGCUGAGCACAAUUUUCAGCAAAUCCUUGCGCCAAAUCCGCAACAAUACUACUCAAUUGCUCAGCCCGGUCAGCAAAGAGCGGGUGACAAGCAGUACGCUUUCACGAUGACACCCGAUCAGCUGAGGAAUCCACCAAGAAAUGAGGUGGUGCGCCCGAGUCGACCAAUUUACCGAAACCCGGCCGAGGCUCCUUUGCGGAAAUUGACCGUCGAUCUCAUCAAAACCUACAAGAAUAUCAAUGAGUCGUUUUACGCUCGUAAGCAGCGACGACACGAGCCGGCUCAUCAAACCGUGCAUCCGAGCUCGUCUACAGGCCAUCAACCCCUCCCUCAACAGCCUUCAUCCCAAACAAUGGCCCCUCAACCACAACAGACUCACAUGCAACCACCAGCUCAACAACCGACCGUCUCAACGAGCCAACAAAUCCCGCAGACACUCAUCCAACCCCAGAAUCACGCUCAACCAACCGACUACGUACUCCAACAACAACAUGCCUAUCAACAACAGCACAAAUUCGAACCCCUUCAACAACUACCCGAUCAAGUGGCCCACUCGAGUCAUCAAGAUCCCCAAUUUGAGCCACAGACAAAGACUAAUCGAGCCAGAGCAAGCAGAAACGGUCCAAACAAUGAUGGUUAUGAUGACACGAAUUUCGACUAUAUUGUUAAAGAAGGCGAAUUCUUCAAUAACAGAUAUCUCAUCAUGGGACCAAUCGGCAAGGGUUCUUUUGGCCAAGUGACCAAAGCGUAUGACAAAGUGGAGAAAGAGUAUGUGGCGAUAAAGAUCAUCAAAAACAAGAAAACUUUCUUCGAUCAAGCUCAGAUCGAGAUCCGAUUACUCGAAAUGAUGAAUAGGCACGAUUCCGAGGGGAAAUACAAUAUUGUGAAUCUGAAGAGCCACUUCGUGCACCGGAAUCACUUGUGUCUCGUCUUCGAGUUGUUAUCAUAUAACUUGUACGAUUUGCUGCGAAACACGAAUUUCCGGGGUGUUUCGUUGAAUUUGACAAGGAAAUUCGGGCAACAACUAGCGAAAACGCUCCUCUUCCUCUCAUCACCGGAUCUUUCAAUCAUUCACUGCGAUUUGAAGCCGGAAAACGUGUUGCUCUGCAAUCCGAAACGCUCUGCAAUCAAGAUUAUCGACUUUGGUUCGUCGUGUCAAACUGGACAUCGGAUAUACCAAUACAUUCAAUCAAGAUUUUAUCGUUCUCCCGAGAUUUUGCUGGGUAUCGCCUAUGACACAAAGAUUGACAUGUGGUCACUUGGCUGCAUUUUGGUUGAAAUGCACACCGGAGAGCCACUAUUCGCUGGCUCAUCCGAAUUGGAUCAAAUGAUGAAAAUCGUUGAAGUGCUCGGAAUGCCACCAAAAGAAAUGUUAGACAUUGGACCGAAAACGAAGAAAUAUUUUGACAAGACUGAAGACGGUGUCUACUAUUGUAAACGAACGCGUGGCUCCUACACAAAACCCUACGAGCCACCUGGGCACCGAAAACUUCAAGACAUUCUCGGAGUGGCAAGUGGUGGACCGCACGGGCGAAGAGCUGGAGAACCCGGGCACAGUGUUGAGGAUUAUUGCAAGUUUAAGGAUCUAAUCAAGCGGAUGCUCACCUAUGAUCCAAAAGUCCGGAUAUCACCGUAUUUCGCCGUUCGACACCCGUUUUUGAAGAAAACGAAAGAGGAGCAAGGACAGCCCCAACCGAGUGCCCCUCAACAAACACCUGCUGCUCAGCCAUCGACACAGGAGAAUACGCCUCGCUACAACGAGAUGUGGUCAAGUCAAAUGGACACAAGUGAGCCGAUCGAUCCAAACGCGCAAAUUGUUUAUGGGCAAAUGGCCGGCUCAUCCACCCAAAGCGGUCACCCUGUUGAGUACUCGGCUCGACGAUCCGACAACAAUGAUCCUACAAAACCCAACUUUGGAGGGCAUUUCUCUUACUCGACGAAUGAUAUGUAUCACCCUAAUGGCUCAACCAGCGGCGGACCGGUGCGGAAUCACUCGUUCGACUCUCGUGUCGCGCCCAUCCCUCCAAAGGCUCCACCCGCUCCCGCACCGAAUCAACCCGGCUAUCCGGGUUUCCCUCAACAAUCCGCGCCCAGCUUUACU